AUGUCUAAAAUAAAUUAAAGAGCUAAUAGCAUUGAUGAAUUUCGAAUGAUUAAUAGAAGAACCCAGAAGGAAAAUCAGAACUAGAACAACAAAACUUUAGACGAAAAGUUACUAUUAAUUGAGAAAUAAUUAGCUUAAAAUGAGAGUUAUAAUGACUAAUAUUUACUCACUAAUUCAAUUGAGGCUAAUGCAGUUCCAAUGAAAACAUAAAAUUAAAGCAUAUCUUUUAAUUUAUAAUCGAUUGAAAAUGACAGGUUUAAUUCAAAAAAGACAAGUAUCAUGGAUGAAUGCCAAAAAAAAUCAUAUGAUUCUGUGAGGGAUAAUGCUUCCAAAUAUUAGAGUAAUAAUAAUGAUUCAGCUUUGGUUAUGUUGCUUAAUGAAUUUGAAAGGAGAUUUGAAUAAAUUGAAGAAAGAUUACAGUUGAGUGAAAAAACUAACAGAUAGUAUUAAUAAAACAAUAAAUCGAGUGCAGAUUACUUUAAUGGAAUUUAAGAGAAACUCACUUUACUUUUGUAAAGAAUAGGGAAAUUUGAAUUAAAAUUGAAACAGCUGGAUGAAGCCUUUCAAUCCCAUAAAAAUUAAACAGAUAAAAGAAUUAUUGAAUAUAAUUAGCAUGUUGAUUAAUCAUUAAAAUCCUUUUUGGAUGUUUCAAUUCAAAUCUAAAAAAAAAUUGAGCGCAUAACCUCAAAAGAUAAUCUUACGGAAGUAGAAGUAUUGAAAUAAAAAACAGACAAUCUUACUUACAAUUUACAAAGAACUCAUGAGUUAUUGAAUUAAUAAAUGAAUGACUUUAGUUAAUUAUAGUAGUCUGUGAAUUAAGUUAUUCGUGAGGAUUAUUUUAACAAUGUCUUUGAAGAAAUAGAGACCAUAAAAGAUUAAUAUUAAUAAACUAUGCAGUAUUUGAAAGAGCUAUAGGAAUUUUUGAUUAAAUGA